UCUUGCCCUCCAACAUCUCAACUUGACUUCCAUCUUGUGUCCCUCCUUCCGUCGUAUCGUCAUCAGCCGGACUUGCCACCGGAGUUAAUGUCACCCACGUUCGUGUCCCGCAGAACACUUUGACGCGUCGCAUCACGCUGCUUGGUCUUCGUUCACACUGUGCACUCCUCCGGACUAUGUAGAACGUCUUUAUUUAAAUGCUGCACGUCAAGCGUUGCGGCCACAAAAACGAUCACGGUUCUAGAUCUUUAGGCUCAGCUCGCCGCGAACCCUUUCGUCGCCCGUCAAUGUCCGACCAACCUCCUCUGUUGCCGUCACUGUGUAAUCCAAACCAGCCAUCCACGCCAAGUCCGUUUCAACCCAGCUUGGAGGGUGAGGUUGAUUGAUAUAUCCUUGCCGCGGACAGACCGCAAUCGUUAAAAGCUACUUCAGCAGAUGCCCUGCUCUGCAGAUGGCCAUGAUGAUACACGUGCUUGGAGGUUGCCCGUAAGAUAAUGCGGAAGUGUGACCAAAGAAUGGUAAUGCUGUUAUGAAGAAAAGCCCUUCAUUCUCGGACAUCAACGGACCUCCAUCAAUGCACAUUGACUUAUGUAGCAUUGUACAUCUCAC